AUGUCUUUCAUAAAUAUUUGUCGUGAUAAUACUGAUCCAUUUUAUCGUUAUAAAAUGCCACCAAUUCAAUCAAAAACAGAAGGUAGAGGUAAUGGUAUCAAGACAGCAAUAGUAAAUUUAUCAGAAGUUGCUAGAGCAUUAAAUCGUCCACCUUCUUAUUUAGUUAAAUUUUUUGGUUAUGAAUUAGGUGCUCAAACUCAAAUUGAUAGAUUUUUAGUUAAUGGUGCUCAUGAUACAAAUGAAUUACAAGAUUCUUUAGAUGGAUUUAUAAAUAAAUUUGUAUUAUGUGGAAGUUGUAAAAAUCCAGAAACUGAUAUAAUUUUAAAGGGGAAAGAUACUUUAGAAAGAGAUUGUAAAGCUUGUGGUAAAGUUACUAUUAUAGAUCCAAAACAUAAAUUAUACAGUUAUAUUGUUAAAAAUCCUCCAGAUAAUAAAAAAGGUAAAAAAUCUGCAACUGCUACUGCAAAUGUUGUUGGUGGUGGUAAAUCAAUUAGUGAUAUUGCAGCAGGACAAGGUGACAUACUUAAUGGUGGAGGAGUUGAUGAAAAUUUAGAUGUUGAAAACUUUGAUGAAGAUGAUGAUUUAUUAGCUAAAAAAAUUCAACAAGAAGCUGCUCAAUUACAAGAAUUAAAAAUAAAAGAUGAUGAAUGGGCAGUUGAUAUGUCACAAGAAGCUAUUGCUGCAAGAGCAAGAGAAUUAGAAGGUUUAAAUGGUAGUGGUAUAAAUGGUUCUUCUUCAUCAUUAAAUAAAUUUGAUGAAUUUGGUGAAUGGUUAAUUAAAGAAUCUGGCAAUAAUGUAGCUGAUUUACCAAAUGAUGUUGAAAUUUAUAAAAAAAUUGUUGAAUUAGAUUUAAUUGAAAGUUCUGAAAUUUUACAAGUAUUGGGACAAACAUUAUUUGAUGAAAAUAUUUUAGAACAAAUUGAACCUCAUGUUGGUUUAUUAACAAAAUUAAUUAAUAACGACCCACAAAAUGAAAAAUCUUUAUUAGGUGGAUUAGAAAGAUUAAUUGGUUUACAAUAUCCUUCUUUAACUUCCCAAUUACCAAAAAUAUUACAUAGUUUUUAUGAUAAAGAUUUAAUAAGUGAAGAAAUUAUUAUAAAUUGGGGUUCAAAAGUAAGUAAAAAAUAUGUUUCAAAAGAUAUUUCUAAAAAAGUUAGAAAAUCUGCUAAACCUUUUAUUCAAUGGUUACAAGAAGCAGAAGAAGAAAGUGAUGAUGAUGAUGAAUAG